AUGAGCCGUACGACACAGAGCCCGGCAGGCAACACCAUCAAGCUGGCAGCAGUGCAAGCUUCGCCGGUUUUCCUCAACAAAGCUGCCACUACUGAAAAAGUAUGCGAAUUGAUUUUGGAAGCCGGAAAACAAGGUGCUGAUAUAGUCGGGUUCCCGGAAACAUUCGUCUCUGGGUAUCCAGGCUGGGUAGAACUGGUCGCGCUAUCCACCAACCUUGCAAGUUCGCUCUUCAUCCGACUUUUUGACGAGGCCGUUGAAGUCCCAGGACCAGAGACAGAUGCCAUCAGUACCGCUUGUAAAGAAGCUGGGAUAUAUGCCAUUGUUGGUAUUAAUGAGCGCAGGGCCAACACUACAGGCACCCUCUGGAACACCAACCUUUUCUUUGGAAAGGACGGAUCACUGCUGCACAAACACCAAAAGUUUACUCCAACGGUGGGAGAACGACUCAUCCAUGCACCAGGAACUACGGGGAGCAAAACAUCUAUAUUGACGGACUUUGGACCGGUGAGCAGCCUCAUCUGUGGCGAGAACGGCAACCCGCUCGCCAUUUACAGCUUGAGCCUGGAUUAUCCAGUGGUACAUGUCGCCUCGUGGCCGCCACAUAUGGCUCUUGGCCAGAUGUCUGGCGAUGUUGCAAAGCUCUUCUCCGGAUUCGUUGCCUCUUCAGCCGGUUGCUACGUCAUCAACGCUGUUGCUGUAGUGGAUGAUAAGGCUAUUGAUGAGUACGGCAUUGACGACGAGAUUAAAGCGUAUUUGAAAAGGGAGCAGAACCACAGACAAGCCAGCAUCAUUGCACCUGGAGGAAAGGCAGUUCCGACAUAUUCAUCCCACUCAAAUGAGUUGAUAUUUGCAGACGUGGACGUUGCCAACUUGAAACGGUUUAAGUACGGACUAGACUUUGCCGGCCACUAUAACAGACCAGAGGUGUUCGCCCAUCAUUUUGAACAGUAUUUGUAGAAAAGGCAUAAAAAAAGAGAGAAAUUACUACGACAAGUGUUGAGUCGCUUUGCUCAGGCGUAGUGUCUGUAUAAGUCAGACGACGCUGGGGCUGGGUCUCGUUGAAUUUUGGCGCCCACCAAAGAGCUCAACCAAGUAUGUAGAGUUACAUUGUGGUAGGUCUUCACAAUCACAGUACCAGAUCAUAAG